GAAGGACUAGAGUCAAGUCUAUAGGUCACUAUUCUAUAGUACAAGAUGCUGCAUCUACUGAUCCUGGCUGUGUGUGUUCUGCAUAGCUAUACUGCUAGUCUGGUGAACACCACUGGAACUGUAGAUGAACUGGGUGUUUGUCACUGUUCUGUUGCCCUCCCAGAUAUCACAUUCCCUGCAGAUCGAUUGGAGAACCUAGAAAUUUCCAACAAAAAUAUGGUAGUCAGUGUGGAACAAGAGAUCACUAAGAUGCAAAGUUACCAAGCUACAUUGACUGGGUACCUGCAGAAGCUAAGGAACCUGACCAGACGGGUGGAAGUCAUGGAGAUGGGUGGAGUAUCUUACACAGAACUGGACUUUGAGCUGCUUAAGUUAGAGAUUCGGGAAAUGGAGUCACUGGUUAUUAAACUUCGUGAAUCAAUUGAUGGAUCCAAUACUCUGGUGGAAGCGCUCUAUGUGGAGAUUCGUAAUAUAUCAGUCAUGGUGAACUCGCUAGAAUCAUACGAUAAAAACAAUGUCCUAGCUAUGAGGAGGCAGUUCGCUUCACUGCGUAAGAGACUUGAAGAUUGUGAGAAGAACAAACAUAUUCAAGACCAACCAUCAAUCAAUUAUGGAUCCUGCAAUCAUGGCGGAAUUGUCAACAUCAGUAAACCAUUUGUUGUCCAACUGAACUGGUUAGGAUUUUCCUAUAGAUAUGGAGGAUGGGGAAAGGACUCUUACUCAGGUGCUAAGCAAGAUGUACAUUGGGUGGCCCCUCUCAUGACAGAUGGACGUAUAAUGAACGUGAUUCGAUUGUACCCUAAGUACGAUGAUCUGUUACUCUACAAAGGGGCAACAGAGAAGGUGCUUUCCAAGCAGGUGCCCCGUGGUAAUGUUGACUACACCAGCGCUGGCCAAGGUGGAGGAGUGAUCAUGUUCAACAAUUCAAUGUUUUACAAUUGCUUCAACAGCAGGGACAUGUGUAAGUAUAACAUAGAUAACAAUGCACUGGAGCGUAAGACACUCACUGAUGCCACCAUCAACAACCGAUUCUCUUACUCCUCCUCUCAAUGGCAAGACAUUGACUUUGCCAGUGAUGAGGAUGGUCCCUGGGUGAUUUACGCUACAGAGCAAAAUGCUGGAAACAUUGUCAUUAGUAAACUAAACCCCAUUACCUUUGAGCUGGAAAAGACAUGGAUGACAUCACAGUACAAGCCUGGUACCACCAACACCUUCAUGGUGUGUGGAGUCUUAUACGCCACUAGAACCAUUAGCACCAGAAAUGAAGAAAUCUUUUACAUGUAUGACACCAAGACAAGUCAGGAGGGGCAGAUAAGCAUCAUCCUUGACAAAAUGAUGGAGAACGUGCAGAGUCUUUCCUACAACCCUAAUGAUCACAAGCUCUAUAUGUACAACGAUGGCUACCUAGUCACAUACGAUCUGACCUUUAGGUCACUGCCCAAUCCUUCCUAAAAAACUUUGUUUAUGUAUAUUGUCUUUUCACUAAAUAGAUACAAUGGAGUCAGAGUGUUCAAUUACAGAAGACCACCAAUGUUUUCUCCAUGUAUAUUGCUUAUCUUCUAUACUCCAGUGUGAAUGGCCUUUAGCCUUUAAAAGGGAAUCUGUCAGCUCUGUUUGCUGCUGGGAGCUGCAGACACCAUUGGAUAGCUGUUAGGGUAUAAAAGCAAACUGUGCCUUUCCUGGACCUGAUUGUUGCUCAUGAAAUCAUCUUAUUUAUCAGCCACGUGUCAAGGAGUAGUGUUGAGCGGCAUAGGCCAUAUUCGAAUUUGCGAAUAUUCGCGAAUAUAUGGACGAAUAUUCAUCAUAUAUUCGCGAAUAUUCGCAUAUUCGUAAUAUUCUCAUUUUAUUUUCGCAUAUGCGAAAAUACACGUAUGCGAAAAUUAACAUAUGCGAAAAUUUGCAUAUAAAAAAUUAACAUAGGCGAAAAUUCGCAUAUGCGAAAAUUCGCACACCAGUCUCACACAGUAGUAUUAGAGCCUUCUUUACACCACACAAGCUGGAAGCAGAGAGGGAUGAUCACUGUGAUGUGUACUGUGAAAAAAAAAAACAAUAUUCGUAAUUACGAAUAUAUAGCGCUAUAUUCGCGAAUAUGCGAUAUUCGCGAAUAAAAUUCGCAUUGCGAAUAUUUGCAAGCAACACUAUCAAGGAGGUGGAGCAGAGCUGUUAAACGGGUUAUCCAGAAAUAGAAAAACAGAGUUAAUUUCUUUCAAAAACAGCUCCACGUCUGUCCCCAGGUCGAGUGUGGUAUUACAACCUGGCUCCAUUCACUUCAUUGGAUAUGAGCUACAGAACCACACCCAGCGUGGAUAUAGUCAUGGAACAUUUUUUUUAAAGAAAUUAGCUCUGUUUUUCUAUUCCUGGAUAACCCCAUUAAAAUGUCACAGCCUAACAUUAUUGCUUGCUUGCCCUCACCUUUCAGUCCCUCCUUGACUGACAUACAAAGCCCUUACCUUUAGUCAAGGAAGGGCCGGGAAGUGAUGGUUAGCAAGGAGGCUUACCAGACUGUGACACUUUGCUCAACCUCACCUACUUGACACUUGGCUGAUAAAUACAUAGGCAAACAUAAUCAGCUCCAGGUAAAGUACAGUUUAAAGUACUUUUAUAAUUUAGAAGCAAUACAACAGUGUCUACAUCUCUUAGCAGCACAUACAGCCGAUAGGUUCCCCUUAAAAGGGUUCUCCGGUGCUCCCAUAGGCUUGCAUUGAGGGGGCGGAGCUUUGACAUCACAACGCUCUGGCCCCAUGAUCGACAGUAAUCAGACCCGGAGCGAACACGCUCCGGGGACUGAUUUUAAACAGGGUGUGGCGGGACCCCCACGAUCAGGCAUCUUAUCCCCUAUCCUUUGCAUAGGGGAUAAGAUGUCUAAGCACCAGAGUACCCCUUUAAAUAUUGACUGUUUGUGCAUUUUUCUCUAACUAGAUUCACAAAUAUGAGAUGGUUAAUCUCCUCACAUUUCAAUAACAAUUUGGGUUAUGUUUGUUUGCAGAAACCUAUUGUUUACUAUUUUUCCAUUGAAGUCAAUAUUAAAGGGGUACUCCAGUGGUGCCACAAAGGUAAACAGAUUUAUAAAUUAAUUCUAUUCAGAAAUCUUAAUCUUUUCAGUACUUCUCAGCUGCUGUAUGUCUACAGAGGAAUUUUUCUUUUCUUUCUGGAGUUAUUUUCAGUCUGACACCAGUGCUCUCUGCUGACACCUCUGUCCGUAUCAGGAACUGUCCAGAGCAGGAGAAGUUUGCUAUGGGGAUUUGCUCCUACUCUGGACAGUUCCUGACAUGGACAGAGGUGUCAGCAGAGAGCACUGUGGUCAGACUGGAAAGAAUUCCAGAAAAAAAAUCAACUUCCUAUGGAGCAUACAGCAGAUGAUAAGUACUGGAAGGAUUAAGAUUUUUAAAUAGAAGUAAUUUACAAAUCUUUUCAACUCUUGCACCAGUUGAUUUAAAAAAAAUUGUUUUCCACAAGUGUACCCCUUUAACUCAGUAUAUAGUAAGCUCUAAAGCUCCCCCUAGGGGCAGCUGACAGUAGCAAGAAUGUUAUACUUUAAAUCUGUGUCUAUUCAGGAAAUGUUCAGCUCUGACUGCUAUAAAUAUAUUAAGGAACUAAUCAGCUCAGAAUUUUGGAUCUAAAAACAACAUGAUGGUGCAAUGUGGAGAUCUAACUAAAUGUGCAAAUGUAACUUUUUAAGCCAAACUUUGUCCUGUAAUAAAACUUGCAUAUUACUACUGACGGUUUACUGUAAUGCUACAUCAUAUUAAAAUUUUUGAUGAUGAAU